GGGAGGGCCGCCGGGGAUGGCCGCCGGCGCCAAGUCCUUCCUGGCCGAUGCGGGCUAUGGAGAGCAGGAGCUGGACGCCAACUCCGCCCUGAUGGAGCUGGACAAGGGCCUCAGGUCUGGCAAGCUCGGGGAGCAGUGCGAAGCUGUCGUGCGUUUUCCCAGGCUCUUCCAGAAGUACCCCUUCCCUAUCCUCAUCAACUCAGCUUUCCUGAAGCUCGCUGACGUGUUCAGGGUGGGAAACAACUUCCUGCGGCUGUGUGUGCUGAAAGUUACUCAGCAGAGUGAGAAACACUUAGAGAAGAUCCUAAAUGUGGAUGAGUUUGUUAAAAGAGUUUUCUCCGUGAUUCAUAGCAAUGAUCCAGUUGCUCGAGCCAUUACGCUUCGGAUGUUGGGCAGCAUGGCAUCUAUUAUUCCAGAAAGGAAGAAUGCACAUCACAGUAUUCGCCAGAGUUUAGAUUCCCAUGAUAAUGUGGAAGUUGAAGCAGCUAUAUUUGCUGCUGCCAACUUUUCUGCACAAUCAAAGGAUUUUGCAGCUGGAAUAUGUAACAAAAUCAGUGAGAUGAUUCAAGGCUUGGCCACACCUGUGGACUUGAAAUUAAAGUUGAUCCCUAUUCUGCAGCAUAUGCAUCAUGAUGCUAGUCUGGCCUCCAGCUCCCGGCAGCUGCUUCAGCAGCUGGUAACAUCGUAUCCCUCUACCAAGAUGGUCAUUGUUACUCUGCACACCUUUACUCUGCUUGCUGCUUCUUCUUUGGUUGACAUUCCUAAACAGAUCCAGCUUUUGUUGCAGUACUUGAAGAAUGAUCCCAGGAAGGCUGUGAAGAGGCUUGCAAUCCAAGAUCUGAAGUUGUUGGCUAACAAGACACCACAUACAUGGAGCAGAGAAAAUAUUCAGGCACUCUGUGAAUCCGCUCUUCACACUCCUUAUGACAGCUUGAAACUGGGCAUGCUCUCUGUUCUUUCCACAUUAUCUGGGACCAUUGCCAUUAAACAGUACUUCAGCAGUACUCCAGGAACAACAGCUACUACUGUGAGAUCAUUUGAUUUAGUAAAACUAGCACAGGAAUGCUGUUACCAUAAUAACCGUGGCAUUGCAGCUCAUGGUGUGAGAAUUCUGACUAAUAUAUCAGCCUCUUGUCAGGAAAAAGAUCUUCUGCCUUUGGAGCAAGAUGCAGUUUUUGGCUUAGAAGCUCUUCUUGUUCUUUGUAGUCAAGAUGACAGUCCAGGAGCUCAGGCAACCUUAAAGAUCACGUUAACUUGUAUGGUGAAGCUGGUCAAGUGCCGUCCUCACCUGAGCCAGUCAGUAGUUGAAUCCCUGCUGACCCAGUUGCACAGUGCCCAAGAUGCUGCCAGGAUUCUCAUGUGCCACUGUCUAGCUGCUAUUGCCAUGCAGCUGCCUGUCUUAGCAGAUGGGAUGCUAGGAGACCUAAUGGACCUCUACAAAUUAAUUGGACAAUCUGCCACAGAUAAAAAACAAGAGCUCUUGGUUUCUCUUGCCACAGUGAUAUUUGUUUCCAGUCAGAAAGCUUUGUCUUCAGAAAUCAAAACUGUCAUCAAGCAGCAGCUUGAGAAUGCCUCUAAUGGAUGGACAGCCUACAAGAUAGCCAGGCAGGCUUCCAGAAUGGGUAACCAUGACAUGGCCAGAGAACUCUAUCAAAGCAUGCUGACUCAAGUGGCUUCAGAACACUUCUACUUCUGGCUGAACAGCUUGAAGGAGUUCUCCCAUGCAGAGCAAUGUCUGACAGGUUUGCAAGAGGACAACUACAGCUCGGCGCUUUCUUGCAUUGCUGAAGCUUUAAAAUCCUAUCACAAAGGAAUAGCGUCGCUGACGGCUGCUAGUACACCACUUAAUCCUCUGAGUUUUCAGUGUGGAUUUGUUAAGUUAAGGAUUGACCUUCUGCAAGCUUUUUCUCAACUUAUUUGUACCUGCAACAGCCUAAAAACAAGUCCACCACCAGCUAUUGCCACAACAAUUGCUAUGACAUCAGGAAAUGAUCUCCAGAGGUGUGGACGCAUCUCUAACCAGAUGAAACACUCGAUGGAGGAAUUCCGAAACCUGGCUACACGAUAUGGAGAUCUUUAUCAGUCAUCUUUUGAUGCAGACUCAGCAACUCUAAGGAAUGUAGAACUUAUUAAUAUCAGACAACAGCAGAGCUGCCUGUUGAUUUCACAUGCCAUAGAGGCUCUGAUUUUGGAUCCAGAAUCUGUGAGUUUCCAGGAAUAUAGCUCGAAUGGAACAGCACACAUCGAGAGUGAAUAUGAAAGAAGAAUGAUGUCUGUAUUUAAUCAUGUACUGGAAGAAGUGGAAUCCCUCAACAGGAAGUAUGCUCCUGUGUCUUACUUGCAUACAGCUUGUUUGUGCAAUGCUGUCAUUGCACUGUUGAAGGUACCCCUUUCAUUUCAAAGGUACUUUUUUCAGAAGCUGCAGUCUACAAGUAUUAAGCUUGCUCUGUCCCCAUCUCCAAGGAACCCAGCAGAACCUAUUGCAGUACAGAACAAUCAGCAAUUAGCCCUAAAAGUGGAAGGAGUGGUUCAGCAUGGAUCUAAACCAGGCCUUUUCCGUAAAAUCCAAUCUGUGUGUCUAAAUGUCUCUUCAGUGCUGCAGAGCAAGCCUGGACAAGACUAUAAGAUUCCUAUUGACAACAUGACCAAUGAAAUGGAGCAGAGGGUGGAACCACACAACGACUACUUCAGCACUCAGUUUCUGUUAAACUUUGUGAUACUUGGCACCCACAACAUCACAGUAGAGUCCUCUGUAAUAGAUUCAAAUGGUAUUGUCUGGAAAACUGGGCCUAAAACAACUAUUUUUGUUAAAUCUCUUGAGGAUCCAUACUCCCAGCAGGUUCGUCUUCAGCAACAGCAAGGACAGCCACCAUCACAGCAGCAACAGCAAAGAACAGCAUACUCACGGUUUUAAUUCCCAGAUAAUACACUGAUCUGGUCAAUGGUAUUGCAGUUUUUCUUGGACUUUUUUUUUUUUUUUGGACAAUUUUAACCUUCUAGAAAGUCUCAGAUGCCAAUUUGUUGCUUUUUAAGUUAUCUGGGAUAAAUCUGAACUUGAUUGAGCAAAGGCAACUAUUUAAAUUUGGAUUUGUGCUUUUAAUAUAAGAACUUAUGCCUGAUCACUUCUGUGUACAAACCUGUUGCAGCAGGCUCCACAGAUUUGAUAGCAGAGGACACUAAGAGCUCUUUGACUAGUUCUUUCUAUGCUUUUUUUUUGAGGUUUAUAGGUUGUAAAGUUAGGCUCACAGGACAUCAGUAAAUGCUUUGGCUAGUUAAUACAGAACUGACUGUAAUACCAAGUCUGUCUUAAUGGGAAGGAAUUGGCAGGAAUAUCCAGAGAUAUAUUUCCUGACGUUUUAAUAGCAACUUCCAGUAUUUGGCUGGUGUAUGUGUAUUAUUACAAUUCAUCAGCAUUAUUUAAUGCACGCACAUGAAAGAAGAAGUUGCAGCUCAAUUCUCAUACUCAGUCCUUGUAGAGGGAGGAGACUGCUCAAGGGGUUGCUGUCCAGGGAGACUUACAAGGGGCAGAAUUUUACAGGUGGGAACAAUAACUGUUUAUGAGAUUACACAGAAAAAAAUACUGUUGUUUAAAAAUAAUUACGUAUCUGUAUUUCAGAAGGCUUUGGGGUUUUUUGAGGGUUUUUUGUUUGCUCUAUUUAGAGGGAAGUUAACUUGCAAGUUGUCAUGCAUUUUAACUGCUUUGUUUUUUAAAAAGGAAAUUUAUAUACCAAA